AUGGACAGUCCAAAUACUCCAGGACUGCCGCCGAUGUACACAGAAGGGCCAUUGUACGGCGAAGAGAAUGGCUCUACACCAACAGGACAACCUAGCAAUGGAUCGCACAUCCGCUUGUUGACUUCUGUUGAUGAGCCAGAAAGUCGACCGUACGUACCGCAAGUCUCAAUACCACGUCCGAAACAAGUCCAUUUGCAUCAGGCUCAAAUGUCGACACCCAAACACCCCGCAUCUCUCAAGGAAGAAGAGGAGGCCAUCUCAACCUGCAAGCUGCAGAAGUCAUUGGAAGAAGACAUUACGCGCUUGCUUCCGACAAUCCCAGAUGGACCUUCGCGCAGAAGAUCUAUUCGAAAACCAGUCAAAUCCCCCUUAUCCAAACUUGAGAAACGUUUGAAAGAUAAAUCUAGCUUACACCAGAGUCCAAAUAGUCCGUACACAGCCCGCAGAUCAUACCAACCGUCUGUAUCGUCGAUACAACAUUCCCGACCAGCGUCAAUCAUCGAUUCAGCGCCGGAUAUGCCUCCCCCAGAAACUACAUACGUCCCAUACUCACCCAGCGGACGAGUCUCUCCAGCUCGAUCGUGGAGUCCUUCACGCACGUCUUCUGAAUACAACAGAGUCCCACCUCCACCCCUACAAUUCGAGCCUGUUGAUCUUGAUGGGGAGCCCAGACCCGGAACACCAUCAUCUAGAUAUGGUGGAAGUCCCAGACGUCCUCUACCACCAGCGCCUCUCUUCUCUGGUCCUGGAGCAGCUGCACGAAACUCGGUGUUUGCAGAUGAUGCUACAAUAUCAAUUCCACUCGAGAACGACAUAGGAGAUGGCGAUGAUGUUUUCGGACCGGCGAGCACAUUGAAGUCUGGCGCGAGGCAUAGCUUGAAGACAAGAGAAUCGUACAUGUCGAAUGAUACCCUGACAGAUGAGAAUUCGGAAGAAUACGAACAUUAUGGUCCAGCUCCAGAUGGAAAGCAAGAAAGAAGAGGAGCAAGACAAGCGCAGAUGGCGAAGAAGGAAGUUAAGCUGAUCAAUGGAGAACUCAUUCUUGAGUGUAAAAUCCCUACUAUUUUGUACAGUUUCUUGCCGCGGAGAGACCAAAUUGAGUUCACGCAUAUGCGAUACACAGCUGUCACUUGCGAUCCGGAUGAUUUUGUUUCGAAAGGAUACAAGCUUCGUCAGAAUAUCGGGACAACAGCGAGAGAGACGGAGUUGUUUAUUUGUAUCACGAUGUACAACGAGAACGAAAUUGAUUUCACGAGGACUAUGCACGCAGUCAUGAAGAACAUCUCGCAUUUCUGCUCUCGAUCGAAAUCUAGGACUUGGGGAGAAAAUGGUUGGCAAAAGAUUGUGGUUUGCAUUGUCGCCGAUGGAAGACAAAAAGUUCAUCCUAGAACACUGGAUGCUCUUGCAGCUACGGGUGUCUAUCAGGAUGGUAUUGCUAAGAAUUUGGUCAACCAGAAGGAAGUGCAAGCUCACGUCUACGAAUACACGACUCAAGUUUCUCUAGACUCGGAUUUGAAGUUCAAGGGAGCUGAGAAAGGAAUCGUUCCAUGCCAAAUGAUUUUCUGUAUGAAGGAGAAGAACGCAAAGAAGCUGAAUUCUCAUCGUUGGUUUUUCAAUGCCUUCGGAAGAGCCUUAACACCGAACAUCUGUAUUCUUCUCGAUGUUGGGACGAAACCUGGUGGAAACUCGCUUUAUCAUCUGUGGAAAGCUUUCGACACCGAUUCCAACGUUGCCGGUGCUUGUGGCGAGAUUAAAGCUAUGAAAGGCAAAUAUGGUACUGGUCUUCUCAAUCCAUUGGUUGCGUCUCAAAAUUUUGAGUACAAGAUGUCCAAUAUCCUGGAUAAGCCUCUCGAGUCGGUGUUUGGAUAUAUUACUGUGUUGCCUGGAGCUUUGAGUGCGUACAGAUAUCACGCUCUACAGAACGAUCAUACUGGUCAUGGUCCUCUUAGUCAGUACUUCAAGGGUGAAACUUUGCAUGGCCAAAAUGCAGAUGUUUUCACUGCCAAUAUGUAUUUGGCUGAGGAUCGUAUCUUGUGUUGGGAGUUAGUAGCAAAGAGAGAUGAGAAGUGGGUUUUGAAGUAUGUGAAGAGUUGUACUGGAGAAACUGAUGUGCCUGAUACCGUUCCCGAAUUCAUAUCUCAACGUAGAAGAUGGCUUAACGGAGCUUUCUUCGCAGCGGUCUACUCCCUUGUACAUUUCAGGCAAAUCUGGCAAACAGAUCAUACCAUUGGCCGCAAGGUCCUUCUUCAUAUCGAAUUCGUCUACCAGUUCAUCAACCUCCUAUUCACAUAUUUCUCUCUCGCCAACUUCUAUCUCACUUUCUACUUUGUGGCUGGAUCUCUUUCCGACAAGCAGGUUGAUCCAUUCGGUCACGGUCUAGGAACAAUAUUCUUCGUGAUAUUGCGAUAUACUUGUAUCCUACUCAUCUGCACACAAUUUAUCCUCUCGAUGGGUAAUCGACCUCAAGGUGCAAAGCGAUUAUACCUGACAUCUAUGAUCCUCUACGGCAUUAUCAUGGCAUACACAACAUUCGCCUGUAUCUACAUCAUCAUUCACCAAUUGACAGAAAAGAACAAAGAUGUAACAAUGGGCAACAACAUCUUCACCAACCUAAUCGUCUCCACGGCCUCAACAGUCGGCCUCUACUUCCUAAUGUCCUUCCUCUACCUCGACCCCUGGCACAUGUUCACCUCCUCGGGCCAAUACUUCAUGCUCCUUCCCUCCUACAUCUGCACCCUCCAAGUCUACGCCUUCUGCAACACGCACGAUAUCUCCUGGGGCACCAAAGGCGACAACGUCAUCCACACCGACCUCGGUGCCGCUAUGGGCCACGGCAAAGGCACAACCGUCGAGCUGGAAAUGCCGUCCGAGCAACUAGACAUCGACUCCGGCUACGACGAAGCCCUGCGUAACCUCCGCGACCGCAUCGAGGUCCAGCCCCAAAUGACCUCGGAAGCGCAGCAACAAGAAGAUUACUAUAAAUCCGUGAGAACGUACAUGGUGCUCUUCUGGCUGAUCUCGAAUGCGAUCCUGGCGAUGGCGGUCAGUGAGGCGUAUGGCGCGACGGCGGUGGGGAAUAACUUUUAUCUGAAGUUUAUCCUGUGGAGCGUUGCGAGCGUGGCGCUUUUUAGAGCCAUUGGAUCCAUGGCGUUUGGCGUGCUGAAUGCGAUCGAGAAGGUGGUGGAGGGGAGGAUUAGGUUGAGGAUGAAGGUUCCGGGGUGGAUGGGCGGCGUGGGGGAGAAGUUGAGGGAUGGGGUUAGUAGUUUUGGGAGUAGUCGGAGUUGA